UAAACAACAGUCGCUUGUUGCUGUUCGUAUAGCCGGUGCAGAGCAAUAAGAGUGAGAAUUACAACCGCUUUCGCUAGUGAGCAGGAAUCAAGCCGCAAGCCCCCAGCAGCGAAUUGUAGGUUAGGUAACCAAUUUGCCGAGUCAAUAGUAUUCUGAUUAUAGCCUCAACAAGCCACAGCGCAAAAACAUCAAUCAAAUGCGAUUGCUGGUGAAACGCUCGAAUCUGUUGCUGCUGCAAUGUACGGCGCAGCUUAGACAGGCGACAGGCAUGGCAACCGGUUCGCAGUUCCACAAGUUGGCGACAAGUACAAAGAGUGCGGCAACAGGUGCACAACUUGAUAUUAAAAAUGACAAUAACACGAUGAAAGCGUCUGUCACGCAGAGCGCAGCAGCCACCUCGGCCCUGACAGACAGCUUUGGACGGCAUCACACAUAUUUGAGAAUUUCGCUCACCGAACGCUGCAAUUUGCGCUGUGACUAUUGCAUGCCGGCCGAGGGUGUGCCGCUACAGCCCAAAUCGCAACUGCUGAGCACCGAGGAGGUGCUGCGUCUGGCACGCAUCUUUGUGGAGCAGGGCGUGCGUAAGAUACGCCUGACGGGCGGCGAGCCGACAGUGCGACGCGACAUUGUGGAGGUGGUGGCACAGUUAAAGGCACUGCCCCAGCUCGAGCACGUGGGCAUCACCACCAAUGGGCUAGUGCUGACGCGCAUUUUGCUGCCGCUUCAACGCGCUGGCCUGGAUUCGCUCAACAUCAGCUUAGACACAUUGCGUAAGGAGCGCUUCGAGCAGAUAACACGACGCAAGGGCUGGGAGCGGGUCAUAGCGGGUAUCGAUCUAGCCAUUCAGCUGGGCUACCGACCAAAGGUCAACUGCGUGCUGAUGCGCAACUUCAAUGAGGACGAGAUCUGCGACUUUGUCGAGUUCACGCGGGAGCGGCCUGUCGAUGUGCGGUUCAUAGAAUACAUGCCCUUCACGGGCAACAAGUGGCAGACGGAGCGAUUGAUCUCAUUUAAGGAAACGGUGCAGACGAUACGUCAACGAUGGCCAGAGUUUCAACCGUUGCCCAAUGGCCCGAACGACACCUCCAAGGCGUAUGCAGUGCCAGGCUUUGCUGGCCAAUUGGGCUUCAUUACCUCCAUGACAGAGCACUUUUGCGGCACCUGCAAUCGUCUGCGCCUGACUGCCGAUGGCAACAUCAAAGUGUGCCUGUUUGGCAACAAAGAAUUCUCAUUACGCGAUGCCAUGCGUAGUGAGGAUUGCACAGAGCAACAGCUAGUCGACCUCAUAGGCGCCGCAGUGCAGCGCAAGAAGCGACAACAUGCAGGUAUCGGCAGCGACAGGAGCAGGACUCUGCUUCAUCCUCAUCAACUUCAGCUCGCACAGCAGCGCAACUGCAGUGGAUUGACGCACAUUAACGCCCAAGGCAAGGCGCAAAUGGUGGACGUCGGAGACAAAGCUCUUACCACCCGCACGGCCAGUGCAGAGGCCACCGUACAUGUGGGUGAGCGACUAACAGCGCUUAUUGCAGCCAACGAGCUAGCCAAGGGCGACGUUCUCAGCGUGGCCCAAUUGGCCGGAAUCAUGGGAGCCAAGCAAACCUCAUACUUGAUACCAUUGUGCCACAAUAUCUCUUUGUCCUCGGUACGGGUGCAGGCCACGCUGAUAGAGCAGCAGCACUACGUACGCCUGGUGGCCACUGUACGUUGUAGCGGCCAGACUGGCGUCGAAAUGGAAGCUCUAACAGCCGUUUCUGUGGCAGCACUCACUGUCUACGACAUGUGCAAGGCCGUCUCCCACGACAUCUGCAUCAAGAAUGUGCGCCUGAUGAGCAAGUCGGGCGGCAAGCGGGAUUAUCAGCGUCAAUAAAAUCACUCAGCUUGUGCAUCCAUUUGCCAUUUCAAA